ACACUCUGUUGCUCCGUCGCGACAUGUAGUGUAUAAAGUAGGCGGCGAGGGCGGACGAAUCGGAGUGCGGAGUGCGUGCAGUUGCAGCGUGUUUUUAUUUGGCUCUCGCGGUGCAGCGCCGUCUAAUUGGCCCAGUAAUUAUGUGAGAGAGAGAGAGAGAGAGAGCCCGAUGCUGUGCGACGAGCGAGUUUUCCCCGACGGCUUCUAUGCAUGAGUCUCGAGGCGUAAGGGCGUCGCACCCGAGAGAGGAAAUUUCGAGUUGCAGCUGAGAGAGUGAUAUACACUCUUGUGUACACUGUACACGCAUAUAGUGGAUAGUGCCCUCGUUCACUGCAAUGGCUCGACCGAAACAUCGCGCGAGCGUCGACGUGUGCGCCGACUGCGGCUCUCCUGAACCAGCGUGGGCCUCCGUAAACAGAGCCAUCCUGCUUUGUGAUGAGUGCUGCAGUAUACAUCUGAGCUUGGGGCGACAUGUCUCUUACAUCAAGUCACUGACUAAGGGAGUUUGGAGCACAAACCUGUUAAAUAUGGUUCGAACAUUGAAUGAUAAUGGAGCCAACAGUAUUUGGGAGCAUUCCCUCUUAGACCCCAGUAAUUCUAAAUUUAGCAGAAGGAAACCUCAACCAAAAGAUCCUUUACAUCCUGUGAAGGCAGAUUUUAUCAAGGCUAAACACCAAGACUUAAAGUUUGUACUGCGUUCAAGCACAAAAGAUGAACCUUGUAGUGAAGAAGAACUCAGCAGACAAUUGCACAGCAGUGUUCGUACAGGCAAUUUAGAGACUUCCUUAAGACUUCUUGCACAAGGAGCUAAUCCAAAUUACUUCUAUAAGGAAAAAGGGACAAUGCCUUUGCAUGUUGCUGCUAGAGCAGGUCAAGCUCUUCAGUUGGAGCUUCUAAUAGCUAAUGGUGGCAAUCCCAGUAUGGUGGAUUCUAAUGGUCAAACCCCAGCAGACAUUGCCAAACUGGCAGGUCAUUUAGAUUUAUCGGAGAGGCUUGUUGAGUGCAUGUACGAAGUCACAGAUAGGCUAACUUAUUUUCUUUGUAACCGGAAGCCUGAUCAUAAAUCAGGAGAACACCUUAUUAUUCCUGAAUGGGCUGCUUCUUUGGAAAGGAGUGAAUUGGCUUUUGAAGCCAGAAAUAAAUUGCAAAUGUUACCAAAUCAUUUAUUAGAAGAGCUCGCUUCAGACGUUUACGACGAAGUCGACCGCAGAGAGACUGAUGCCAUUUGGCUAGCUUCGGCGACGCUUCCCGAGAGAUGCAUAGUUCCGUUUCUACCGAUUCACCCUCAACUCUCGUCGACGCGCAACCAGGGACGUCAGAAACUAGCGAGAUUCACGCCGAAGGAAUUCGCCACGCUCAUUAUCGACAUUCUCACCGAAGCAGGCCAUAGGCAUACCGUCGCUAAUAGCACUCCGCUACAAGAUCCAGCUGUCUCCAUGUUGCGUAAGGAGCAAUUAGGGAAGCACGGUUCACAGAUGUCGGACGACGAGCCCCUUUACGACAGCGUAGCAUCGGAUGAUGAUUAUGCGGCUCUCGCUACGGAAAACGCCGCCGGAUUGUCCGCGACGAUAGCGACGGACAAUGAGAAAGUACUUGCUCCGAUGGCAAAGGGACUGCCGUCGGUCGUGGAGGUCUUGAAAAAACAGCUGACGCUAUCGGAAACUACGAUGAGAGACCUCAGAGAGGAAGUUCGACGACUUCACGCCACUAUCGAGCAUCUCACUCAGGAAAACCGCGAAUUAAAAAACACAAUUCAAGCCCAAGCCAAAAUAAAAGCCCAACCCGAGAGAAUAAUAAACGGCCACAUUGGAGAGCAUGACCCCGAACCGGAGCCUGUCCUAGAUAUUAAGAUUUCAACCACGCCAACAAAAGCUAGUCAGCGACCAGCGUCUAUGUACGAAACACGAGAAGGCCUAAGAAAACCGCCAAGCUUUAUGAACCAGACAAAACGAGAAACGGAAGGACUGCCUCGACCCUGCACAACGCAAGGACUGUGGGAGUGCGGUACGCGAACUCUGCCACCCAGUGAGGAGGUCACGAGGCGAACAGAGCAGGUGACGAGACGUAUCCAGGAGCUUUGGAUGGCAAUGCAGGACCCGGCCCAUCGAGAAACAUUUGUUCCCUGCGCUGAACGCAUUCGCGUGGCCGUCGCCGAACUUGCUGCCAUUUUUCCUCAAAACCCCGUUGACGAUAAUAUUAGAUCUGCUCUACGCCAGCUGAACGGUAAUACAGGCAGAUUGCAGGCGGAGUGCACUGCCCUUCAAAGAUGUACCAGUGACCCCGAUCACAUGGAUCGGUGCCUUCAGCAAGUUCGUUCCAGUGCCUACGACAUCGCCAAAGCCACUAAACUUCUCGUCACGCAGUUUCAGAUAUCGUAACUAUUGAUCUAUAUACUGCGUUGUUAUCAUUAUUACUAUUACUCGAUUCACAUCACCACAGUUAUAUAUCGCAAUGAAGUUAACGGUUGGUUUUUUGCAUUGACAAUUAAUUUAUAGCAACUUAAACGGUUAUAUAGACGAGACUUCAUUGUGUGCAAUGCGUGUACUGUUAUAACGUAUAACAUAUAUUAUAUGUUUUAAUCAAAAAGAUUCUACGAAGUUUUACGGGAGUCGCAGUAUUAGCAUAAUAUAGAGAAAGCAAAGGAGGGGACACGUGUAAUCUACGGCAGAACUUGGUAGGCUCUUUUCCACGACAGAAUUAUGACAGUUGCUGAGAUUUGAGAUUUUUUUUCUCUAACUGUAUUUUGUAAAUAUAUGUGUAUAUUCUUUGAGAGGAAUUAUUUUUUGCGGGAUCUAGAAGUUUGACUCGUUGAUCCUAGUUUGUUAUUACCUCUUGAAGGUACGAUCAAGACUGAAUUAGCCUUUCUUUGUCAAUCGUCCUUUUUAUUGAUUGUGAAAUUCUUUUCUAUGUUUCAUGCUGAAGUUGAGAGGGCUUCUGCAACGUGUUUUUUUUUAAUUGUGUACACCUGACUUUUAUAUAGAUUAUUUACGCGUGCAAUAACAAAACGGAAAGUAUCGCAUUGUUUUAAUGGCUUUUUAUGAAUAUUAUGUCGAUUCAUUUUAAACGAACACUCAGGCAUCGAUUUUGACCAAAUUUGUUCUACUUAACACAGCAUUUAGCAUAUGCACGACAAUGUACCUAUUGAAUUGGUGCUAUACCGGUCAGAGAGACCGUUUUCUGUAUAAAAGAUGUUAUACUCGUUGAUUGUCAAAAGUUUAAGCAAUUGCCCUCAAACUGUCAUUCAACGCGAAUAUAAAGAAAGUGCGUAUGUUUAUAUGCGAAACCCCGAUGGUCUAACGAUUCGCAUUAAAAACACUGAUAUUAUUAACGUAAUGUUCAACAAUCAUGUAUGCGCAUUUAUCAUACGCUUUUUAUUAUAACGGACUCGCGUUCUGUUCUGUAUACACUUAUUUGUACAGUUUAUGCAUAUCGAAAGCGAUCGGUUAAUCAUUUUACUCCGUGGCCAAAUUUUUGAAAACUUGUGUGUUUAGAUCGCGCAAGUUCUUUUAUCUAUGUAUUCAUGUUUCGUUUUAACAUAUUUAUGUAUAUCUUAUGUACAAAAUAAUCAGUAUAUUGUAACAAUAAAUUUUUUUCUUGAAUUUUAA